GGGUGAGAGAAAAUGAAAAUCUGCUUGUGAUUUGGUAGAAAACCGCGUUCUAGUCGUAAAUGGUGGGUAAAAACAAUCCGGGAGGAUGGAUGGAUGGAUGAUUCCCCGGAGUUUGUGGAUGAAUGUCGGGAAGAUUUAGGAAAGCGUCUGUAUAAAUGAGAGUUCUAAUAUCCAAACAGUGAGUCAUGAAGGAUUGGCUGAAGAAAAUGACAUCAUAAGUCUCUCUCUCUAUCUCUCUGCUGCUUCUUCCAGAGAGCGCUGCGCGGUGAGGAGCGCAGCGGAGCGGUGCGCCUGGAUGGCAUGGAGCUCAAAUCACCGCGAUCCUAAUUAGAUGUUAACAAAGACUCGGACUGAAACCAAAUCAAGCUCCAGGAAGGAGGGGGAAAAAAGUCCAAACAUCGAUUCUGAUUCCAGCGGAGGGUCGAGGCGGCAGGAGCCUGAGCGGGAAAAACUUGGCUUUCGCUCUUUUGCCAUGAAACAUGAUUAAUGAAAGCAGUGAAGUUGGAGGCUUUCAGCCUCACUGGAGCUUCGGCGGGUCGUUGGGCAACCAGUCAGCUGACCUGUUCUCCAACAUCUCCUGUAAUGAGUCGACCAACGGUUCCACAUCCUGCUCUCUUCCCGACGACAACGCGAGGCCUGGAAGUUCGUAUAAAACCGUGGAGAUGUUUUUUAUUGCUUUGGUGACUGGAUCUCUGAGCUUUGUGACUGUGACUGGAAACAUAUUAGUCAUGCUGUCCAUCAAAGUGAACCGCCACUUACAGACUGUCAAUAACUAUUUUUUAUUUUCCCUGGCCUGUGCUGACCUGAUCAUCGGAGUUUUCAGCAUGAACUUGUACACAGUCUACAUCAUUGUUGGCUCCUGGCCCCUGGGACCGGUCGUCUGCGAUCUGUGGCUAGCUUUAGAUUACGUCGUCUCGAACGCUUCUGUGAUGAACUUAUUGAUCAUCAGCUUCGACCGCUACUUCUGCGUGACCAAACCCCUGACGUAUCCCACCAGAAGGACAACCAAGAUGGCGGGACUAAUGAUCGCUGCAGCGUGGAUCCUGUCGUUCAUCUUGUGGGCUCCAGCCAUCUUGUUCUGGCAGUUCAUUGUCGGGGAGCGAACAGUGCCAGCAGGAGAAUGCUACAUUCAGUUCCUUUCUAACCCCGCAGUGACCUUUGGGACGGCUAUAGCUGCCUUCUAUCUGCCCGUCGUUAUUAUGACAGUCUUGUACAUCAACAUCUCCUUGGCUUCCAGGAGCAGAGUCUCCAAACACAAACCUGAGAAGAAAGAGAAGAAGGGGAUCAAACCUCCCAACCUGCUAAAGAGUCACAUGAUAAAGCAGAACAACAACAACGACACCAGCCCUCAAGUCAGUCCUCGCUCCACUCCCAAGGCCAGCCUGGACUCCACCACCACCGCCCUGGAUGGAGUAAAGAACGGCCAGGUGGAGGAACAGAAACCUUCCCAAGCCGAAGCCCUGGGGCACCCCAGUCCCAGACUGGCACAGGAGGAGAAGGAGAGCUCCAACGACUCGUCCACAGCUUUUAUCCCUCCAACAGAACCAAAGGCCAACAGCGAGGCGACGUCUGAGGCGGCUACAAAUCCCAAUCCAGUUGUCACGACAACAUCCAACUCUGCCCUUACCAAGAUGAACCCAUCGUCAAGGUGGUCCAAGAUAAAGAUAGUCACGAAGCAGGCGGGCGACGAAUGCAUCACAGCGAUAGAGAUCGUCCCGCCGGUGGAGGGAGCGGAGAGGCGCUCCAUCCCAAUCAGCCGCCCCAGAACCGUGGCAAGAAAGUUUGCCAGCAUCGCGAGAAGCCAAGUGAAGAGGAAAAGACAGAUGGCUGCCAGAGAAAAGAAAGUAACCAAGACCAUCUUUGCCAUCCUCCUGGCUUUCAUCAUUACAUGGACACCGUAUAAUGUCAUGGUGCUGAUAUCCACCUUCUGUCAGUCCUGUGUCCCUGACACCGUGUGGGCGAUUGGCUACUGGCUAUGUUAUGUCAACUCCACCAUCAACCCAGCUUGUUACGCACUGUGCAAUGCCACAUUCAAAAAGACUUUCAAAAACCUGCUGCUGUGCCAGUAUAAAAAUAUAGGUACGAGAUGAGAUGAAAGAAGAAGAUAAAGGGUGGGAUGGGAGGGGAGGGAGAAGAAGGGGAGAUGUAAGCCACGUCAAAGGAGGAACAGAGGAAACACUAUAAAGGUGAGUGACAAGAAGACUGGAUAAAUAGAAGCAUAAAUGUGUGAAAUUUAACGAGGGCUGGCAUAUGGCGGGGGAUAUGCAUCUAUUUAUUCUGCAAGUUAAAGCAAACAGGCGAGAGAGCUCCCCAGCUUCCCUUUACAUGGAUCCACAGAGUGGAAAAGCUCCUACAGCCGUAAGACAAAGUGAAUGUGGUCUGGGAAGGAAGGAACAACUGUAAAGUGUGGAGACCAUGAAUGGAAAUAAAAGCUUGUGGAGACAAAACUAAAACAGAGCAUUCACUCGGCGGCGGCAGUGGCGUUGCUUGGAUUUGAGUGUUUUUGUGUAUAUUCGGAUCAGCUGAGGACAGCUUGGAUAUUCUGUCAUUUUCCCCCAUGAUGAAUUAUUCCCAGCAGAAAUCCCCGCAAAGUCGUGCGUUCAAGUUCUGAUGUGAUGCAGACUCUAUUAUAUCAAAGUACCGAGGGCAGUUGUGUGGGUAAUUGGCCACUGGCUGAGUUGUGACAGUUCAACUAUCGACCCAGACGGGUAAAAGUUGGUCCAGAAUCAUUAAAAAGUUCUUCUUGUUCCUGCAGUUGAUCUGAAAUCAGCUGUUUGUACAGAAAGGAAACAAGAGACGGAUUAAAAUAAGGGAGAAUAGGUAGCUGUGUUUCCAUUGACCACAUAAUUGCGCAAUUUGACAUUUCAAAAAUAAAUUUGCUUAAUAGAAACAUGCCAAUUUAAAAAACAAAUUUGUUUUCUGAUUUUUAAAAAAAAGCGAUUUAGCACUAGGAUGAGGUGGUUUUUCAGCAGUAUUGAAAUUGAUUUAUCUUGCAAAUAGGAGGAUCAUGAUGCAGCAUCACAUGAACAAACUUAACGUGUGAUUUUUUUUAUUGUAUGCACGACAAUUGUGAAAUUGUCUUUACUUUGACAUUACAUUUUUGCACACAUUUAUAAUGGAAACUCGGCUAGAGGCUUUUGACAUAACUGAAGUAUCCAUAGCAAGUUUCAACAUUGUCUGGUCAGGUCAAAGAUUUUCCAAUAAGUAACGUUUUAGCCGUAACAUAAAGGAAUUUCUCUGGUCUGCUCACGACAAAGUCAGCGUAAGCUCCAUGUUCCAAAUGUGACCCAUUGGACAGAUGAGGAUGUUAAGAGAAGAAAAGAAAAGGUUUUUUCAGUUUUUGUCUGUUUUAAAGAUAAAAGUCCUUUGUAAAGACUUUUACUUUCAAUUUUUUUUUUUUUUAAAUCAGCUCUCAAAAACUGCUUUUUGUAUUCCAAAAACAUCAAAACUCAUUUGAUGGGCUGAGACCUUCAAAUGUCAACAAAUCCUUUUUAGAGCGCUACGGAUGGAGUUCUGCCUGACUUCUUCUCCUCUCUACCCUCUCAGACUGGAUCAUUAUUAUGAGAUUGAGCUUGGUAGAAGUUCUCUCCACUAUAAAGCUUAAAAGCUCAAUUGAUGAGUUUGACAGUGAUGCUGUUCAGGCUUAGCAUUAAAGCAGAUGGCUGCAGUCGCCGUCUGUCUUAGAAACAAAGAGGAAUUCUUCUCCCAGGAGAGAAGAGGAAGGAACGGUUCCAGCUGCUAGAGAUUCAUUGAUGUAUCUCUCUGCUGCCACCCUCACAGGGCGAGCGAACGAGCUUAUAUAACUUGCCAGUGGGGAGGGCAGCAACUUUAAGUAGCAAGGGUGAGGUGGCUGAAGUCGCUCUGUUUAUUGAAAAUAGAUCAGGAUAAGCUGCGGAUUUGAAAGGAAGUCAGUGGGGGAGUGAUGACUACACAGGGAGGAAGAUUUGCAGGCAGGUGGAUUAGAGGAAAGUUGCUGCUUCUUAAAAUCCUACCAGCUAACAAGCCAUAGAGCUUCAAAAUGAUAUUUUUCAGAAUAAGAGGAGGACUGAGGUGAAAGGUGGCAGAAACCCUGAAGGAGCGUGGAAACGGGUUGUUUCUGUUUUGGGUCGAAUCCUGAAUCCUGUUUCCUCAUUUCCUCAUGAUUCUCAGAAGAAACGUCUUUCAGCUGCUAAUCAUACAAAAACACUUAGCAAAUAUUCACAUUUUAAUGAGAAAAUUAUCACUUUGAUGCCUACUGUUAAGUUUUUGCCAUAUUAUAUAUGGAACUGACGUUUGAUCUAUUGUCAAUGAUGGACCAAAAAAAAAAUCUUCUUAAUUUAAAACACUAGUGAAAUUUGUAGCUCUUACAGAAUGUGCAUUUUGUAAUUCUUACCGAUGUGAGAAAAUCACAUCGGUAAGAAAAUGUAGGGCUCUAAUAAUUAAAUGUGACAAAACAUCAUUAACACCAUAUUAUGUAAUAACCAGCACAAAAUGAAAUGAAGUCAUAAAACGCAUUUUGAAUCGUUUUGCCCUGAACAACAUAAGUUAGUACCAACGGUUCUUUCUAUGAUAAGACAACUACGAGCAAAAGUUUGGCAUUUAUUGACAAAUCCUUAAAUAACAUUAGAAGAAUAAUAACCAGGAUGAAAAGAAACAGUUUAUAAUUGUUUAUUGCAUAAUGUGCCACAUUAUUACGUUAUAAUUUCUAAAUAAUAAUUUCUGCAUUUUGUAAUAAUUGCCACAAAAUGUAACAUUUUGCAAGAGAAGGUAUUGCAAAAUGUGUUCAAAAAUUUUAUUACAUGUUCUGUCGGUUAUUACAUAAUGCUGCGCUACGCAGUGUUAUCAAGGCUGUUUGUUUAACAAACUGUUAAAUUGCCAGUAUGUAAUUUUUCUUCAAACCUCAAUCUUCCGAUCCAAAAGCAAUUAGUGAUAGCAGAAUAAAGUGUUGGAGGAUUGUGCAAGUUUUUUCUAUUGGCCAAAUCUUCUGCUGCUCACGUGUUCAUCACAAAUCAGGGUUUAAAAAUGGUAAAAGUAAUAAUCAAUCACAAAUAUCAAAGUAGUUUCAGGCGUGGCGUCAUCUUGUAGCGGCAACCGUUGUUGCCAUUCACUCUUCUUAUGAUCAAAAGAUGAAUGAAGGGAUACAAUUUUCUUUAAAGACACUUGACAGAACAUAUGUUCAAAAUAUUUUAUUUAUAUUUGUUUAUUUAAAUAUUUUACUGACUUCCUCUUGUAGAGGUUUGUGACUGACAUUGACCUCCAGCGUUACAGGCAGGAAGUAAAGAGGUCUGGUCAUGUGACCUUUCACACUAGAUGCAUGAAAUUGAUAUUGCUUAGAGUUGACACAUUGUUAUUUUAUUUUAAAACUUCAGUUGGCUGCCAAACGUCAAAACAAUUGUUCUAGAGCUUCCAGAAGUUAGAAAAAAUGUCUGGCAACAAUUGUUGCCGGUGGGAUUAAAUGGCAACAAUUGUGGGAUUAAAUGGGUUAAUUAAGGGAUCUGGAUAGUCCUAGGAAAUGAGAAUCAGGACAAUUGUCCAAGAUCAUUUUAAUAGAUUCUUUAAAACUUUUAUUUGUAUUAUAUCUGUUGCUUUGGCAAUAAAAAAAAACAGGAACCAAAUAUCUGUUAAAGUUGGUUUUUCUUCUCAGUCAUUCAUUCAGAUUUUUGAGAUGAGCUAAGUAGUCAAAAGAAGAUCCCAAUUAAAGAUCCCAAUUAAACAGCUCUGGGCUGCUGAUGUGAGAAUGUUGGGACAUGUGACUGAGGGAAGCUCAACGAGAUCCAACAGAAGAACUGGCUCUGAGGGAGCAUGAAUGAGUCAAGGAGCCGCUUUCUCAGAUCACUUCAGUUACCUUAAUUAAUUCAGACUGAUGCAUCCUGGCAAGAAAGCAAAUUAGCUCAUCGCUUUGUCCCAGGAGCCAGUCGUCGCCAGAAAUGGGUCUGUGAUUAGCUCCGGUUCUGGUCACCAUGUCGGAAUUCGGCGUGACGGGAUGUCACCCAGGACGCCUUCAUCAGAGACAGAACCGAGGAGCUGCGCUCAACAGAUUCCUUUUGUAAUUUAAGUAGCGAUGAAGUGAAGGCAGGAGACUUGAUUUCCCUAAUAUGGCUGAAUCACAAGGAGCUGAGUCGGCUGCUUUCACUUUAAUCCUUUAUAAACCCGUCAGUGCAGCAGAGCAAACAGGCGAAUGUGAGGAGAAUCCAACAGCACACACAAACUCGUUUUCUCACACAAUCCCUGGAUUUGUCUUCUAGUUCGCUCAGGCCUCAGCUCUGCUGGAGAUCUCAUGUGGCAGUUCAGCGAAGAUAUGACUGGAGUAAAUUUACCUCAGAAGAAGACGAGCAACAGCUGUUUUUUUUAGUUUUCAGAUCAACAAACAGAUUUUAACAUUGGAUCGAAAUGUCAUGUCAUGCAUUAAAGGGACAACUUCAUAUCUGAUGUAAGGGAUAUUUAAAUCGGGCUCGUUUCUGGUGAGAGUUGGACUCUGCCAAGGUUGCCCUUAGUAACCGGUCCUCUUCAGAGAGCUUCUAGGUGCAGCUAACGUAUUGAGGGGAUUCGCUUUGGUUGUGUCAGGAUUGGGUCUGUGCUGUUUGCAGAUGAUGUGGUUCUGUUGGCUUCAUCAGAUUGUGACCUCCACGUGGUUAAGAAAGCUGGUGAGCUAUUCCAGUUGUUUCUAGGAUGGGCUGGGAAUGCCAAGGGAUUCCCCAGGAUGAGCUGCUCCAGGUUGGAGAGAAGUCUUCUGUCUGCUUCACACGGCGAGAUUUAAAACCUCAGAGAUCACACACGCCAUGAUUUUUUUUUAAAAAUCAUAGUUGUAACAGACUUUGUUGCAGUUUGUGUUGUCCAGCCGCACGGGAGGAGCAACACACUAAAACACAAAGUGAUUUCACUCAGCAGCAUUCAGAUGGGAAAUCUGGCCAAACCUCUCGAGAGACCAAACAUGAAUUCGGAGUAAACAAACUUUAAGGUAAAAAAAAAAUUGGCAUGAAAUCUUGCCAUGUGAACGAGGCUCUGGACCCGAUCCUGGAUUAAGUGCAAAGUGAUGGCUUAAUGGUUCUCCUUUAAUAAAUGGAAUCAUAAUUUGACAAAAGACAUUUUUUUGAAUCUAUGUCUAAUAUUACAUUUAUUUCAUGAUCUAAAACAUUUUCAGCUGACAGCAAUCCAGAUUAAAUCUAUAAGAGGAAAUGCAUAUUGUUAUAGCAUCCUUGCUUUUUGUUUGUUUUUCCUAUUAAUAUUUCUAAGGCGCGCUACCAAGAAGGUACACACAGCUGAGAUCAGAUCUGUUCUAAUUAUUCAAUGACCCAAUGCAAGCCGCUUUCCAGUCUGACUGCUUAACUAUAGCAGACACACCAACACAUUCAGGUCCAUUUCACUGAGACGGUGCUGCACUAAGCAGAGCAGCAAACCACCAGUUUAUCUUCAGUCGUGCUGCUCUGCUGCUGAUGCUUAUAGCUGCUUUUCUUUUUGACUCCACUGCUGAGUCCAGACUGAGAAACUCUCCGUCUUGACACACUUUAAUUUAUUAACACGAUCAGUUUUGAUAUACACCAUCCAGCUCAGGUUGUAUUUUUAAAGUUUUCUUUUAGCCUCAAACAUUUUUUUUUUUUUUUGUUCAGAAUUACCUGACAUUUAGCUCGAUCUUUCUACACCAGAAUUUGGGAUUUUUCCACAUAUUAGUCUCUGCGAAUUCUCCGAAGUUAUGGAGGCAAAUCCAUGCUAAAAGAGGCAAAGUUUAAAAUGCUAAUAAUCAUUUUUGAAAUGCUAUGAAAUUCAGUAGAUUUCUGUAAAAACAAUACAUUGAAUCCACGCCUAUUGACUUUAGGAAAUUUUUUUCUCAAUAAAUCUCUUUAGCAUAGUUGAAGAACAGGAAAAGACUGAGGAUGCUGUAGAACAACAAAAAUAAAUAAAAUUCAAUUUUACAAAAAUACAAAUAUAGAAUUUUUCCACCUGUCACCAUGUCUGUGGUUCCAUUCCUGACUUCCCUGCAUGUCGAGGCGCUUGUGUUUGCUCAAAAACGUCUAAUUUCAGUUCAUUCACCAUCAAAGAAGAAAGCUGAUGCAAGGAAAUGACAGAGGCAGAAGGAGAGGGGAAUUAGAGAAAUGUAAUGAUGAGGUUGAGAAGGAAAAGUAGGGCAUGAAUCAAUGAGGCAGAACAGGAAUCCUUUAUUUAGUUCUAGUUAGCUUGAGAGGGAGACACAAUAAAACUGAAAAUCACACCAACAGGCUAUUAAUGCAACAUUUACUUUGUGUGGGCCACCAGUUGCACGUGGAGUUCAUCGGUUCUUAUUCUCAUAAGGAACCAGAAAGGAUUUUUUUUGCCUCGCAUAGAACUACUCAGUCCCAAAUCCAGGCAUUUUAUCUGCGAAGUGAAAGCUUUAUUCAAACCCUCCUGCAGCUCAGCAGUCGGCUCGUUCAUAUUUCCAAGUAGCUAACCUCAGCUUUACCUUUCUCUGGAUUCCACCCCUGCUUCCAUCACUGGAGAAAAACAGCCGAGACCUGCAGAAGACCACGACUUCCUGUUCGUUCAUCGUGUCACCGCUUUAUUCACUGAUGGCGUUGAAAAGACAAACCUUUUCAUUGGACCAUUCAGCCAGAAGCAUGUAGAACACUGAAAUGUUUCAGAUCGUCCCGUUUUAAUAUCUAACAAAGAUAAGCUGAGAAAAUACAAUCAACCAAACAAUGGCACCAUAUAAACAAUAUUUCUAUAAACAUAACGUUGCAUCGUUCUCUCUAGCUAGCAGUAAAUCCUGAAGGAGAAGGACUGGACACUCCUGCAUGACCUUCAACUCAACCAGAAAGUUAACAAAUGUUUCAGAGGAGAUGGUUGCCUAAACAGAAGAUGAUCAGAUUUCUGAACACGGUGUGCUAAUUGCAUGAUUGACUUUUUAAAUCAAUCAAAGUACUGACUGUGCCAUACUGAUGUAAUAAUCUGUGCUUUUGUGACCUUCAGCUAUUUUAAUUAUAUUCUAUGAACCUCUCCAGGGAACCCAAAUUAGAACCAAUUAGAAAAGUGAACCAACAUUUCUUCAUAGCUGUCACGAACACAAACACUUCAAAACACCAGCAUUAAGGUUUAGGGAGCUACUUCUUCUUUCCAUAAUACUUUUAAUGAAGAAACUCAUAAUUUGACCACUGCAGUUUGUAUUUGUCAGGUUAUUUCUGUCUAUUGAAUACUUUCUCCGCCUUUAAGAGAAUCAAAACUCCUCUAGCUUUUUUCCCCGUUUUAGCUUUUUCUUCCUCUGGGGAAAAACCGCUGUAUUUGAUGAGCAGCGUAAUGAUGAUGCAAAGCAUAGGAAACCAAAGGCUCCGCUGUGGUGCUGUCUUCUACUUCUUCAUUUCUUGUUUCAGGAAGUCAGUCACACUGAGUUAGCAUAGGGUUAACAAGCUAGGUUUCAGUGCUACUUACCUUCUUCUGCUUCUCCAGGAAGAUUCGCUGUUCAGAGAGACAUGAAUAAUAAAAGGUCCUGAAGUAUUUCUAUUCAUUUUUAUUCCGAUAAGUGAUAUCUGGCAUUGCAGGUGACAGGAACACCAUUUUCACAAAAAGACCCAGACAGGAAUCCCUGAAACGAGUUGUUGUUUAUAGCCUGGAAUCCAGUUUCACAGCUGGAUAUAUCUGUGGGUCGACUGGAUGUGUCUGAACGGAUAAUUAAGUUCUCCGGUUUAUGUGUGGUUCAAAUAUGGACAUUUAUUGGUCAUAUCUGUUCCAAAGUAGCAACAGUGGUGAACUUGGAAAAGAGAGGGAUGUUGAGUUGCUGAAAGCAGCACUGAGUGAACACUUGGUCCUUGUUGAUGUGGGUUAUUGAAGGUGGAAAUGCGAAGAAUCAUAAAGACGUGAGGGAUUUAGAAGAAAGCCCGUGGCGACGGCCUACUUAAAGCGCUUCGAGGAAGGAAAACAGGAGAAAUGAAGACAGGGAUCAUUGAUGCUUGUGGGGAGUGAAGUAAUAUUAGAUCCAAUAUAACAAAGCUUGUCUUACUGAAAUAAGCUUUUGCUGGAAAAAAAAUUAGAACACCCUGUGGAAACAUAUUUGUAAUUCAUAACAUGAAUUUGAACAAAACUGAAUACGUUUUGUAAUACUCAAAAGAUAUUUUAAAAGAUAACAUAAAACAACGUAAGAAAAUUGUUUAACAUCUGUUAAAAUGUUCCAGAUUAUCACCUUCAGCUUUUUUGAGACAUAACAAAGCAUCAUGGUUUUGAAGACAUAUCCUAGUAUGACAGGGUGAUCUGAAAAUGAUGUAUUUUAAUUUAGAUGCUUUCUUUAAAAAGUAAAUCAACAGGUUACACAUUCUGGAGUAAGACUGUAACAUUCAACUACAGCAAGGCUUUUUAGAGCAUUCUUUCAAAGUUAUGCAAAAACAGGAAAUAAAUGGUUUGAUGUGCAUUGUAUUGGGAACACUGGCAGAUUUAGUAUGUCAGCGUUGGGUUAAAGAAACCCGCACCCAGAUGGAGACUCAUGAAUUUUUCCUGAUCCCCUGUCAUAAUGUUGCUGCUCUCAGGAACAAGUCCCUCUGUAGAAUCCUCGUUCCCACUUCAUUCAUUAUUAUUAAUAACACACAAUUUUAGAAAACUGGGCUGCAACAGAAACGACUCACAACAUUCAGCAGACACGCGGCACCAGCUUUUUGUUGCCUUUGUGAGGAAUCUGUACCAGAUUUCACAGAAAUAUGUAACGGAACGAUUGUUUUCUCAACAAUACAAAUUGGUUUUUCAGUAUUCUAGAUACGGGCUCAUUUUUAAAUGACACGUCGCGAAUGGUGCAACGAAGAAUUGAAAAUGAACGUUUCAUUGGCCUAGUCGAAGUUUGGACAAAAUUCUGCAGAAAAACUCGUCGAUGGCAGGUGUGGUAACAGAGCGACCACACCACAUUGUUUGGAUAAAUGAGAUCAUCUUUUGAGAACUGGUAAUCUUUAUCUCACACUAAAAUGUGUUGGAGGAUCUGAAAUAAUUAAGUUAGAUUAGAAAUCUGUGGCGUACAUCAUCAGGACGCUUAAUCCAACUUUGCUUUCUUACAUUAGAAACGGAAUCGCAACCUUUCUGGGACUAACACCUUUCCUGCGACUCCUAUGGCCAGAGGUUUUAGGCAGUCUGUCACAUUUAGAGAGAGGAAAGAAUGCAAAGAAGCCUUUACCGCUAGCACUUACACCAGAGCCUUUUCUCUGUCUAACGGACACAUUGAUGGCGAAUCCUGUUAGUGAUGGACAGCUGAGUGGCAGGUAGAUGGUGUGGAGUCAGUGAAAUAAAGACAGCAUUAGAGGAGAAGGCGAAUUAUUAGCAUCCACCUUUAAUAAUAUUUAGACUUCAUUACGAUUCACGUAUUUUUAUUGUGUAUUAUUUCUAUACUGCCAUCUUAAAAUAGGAAAAGUUGAUCAUUUAUAAUGUUUAAUGGAAAAAGUAUUAGAUUAUCUAUAGUUUCUGCAGAGAAGGAAAGAGGCUAAAAAUGGUUCAUUUCUGAGACAGCGCUGAACUUUGCUCUUACUUUUUGAUUUUCCUGUAUCUUGUUCGCUGUCCAGAAUUCCUCUGGGAACAAACUUCUUCCCCUCAGUCUGACUGUGUGGUUCAGCCUGGACACAACGGACAGUUUUCAUAGUUUUCACUUGCCUAGCAAUGCUAAUGAGGUGCAGGACGUUCUAAUCGAAGCUGACCUGUGUCAUUGACCCAAAAUACACUCAAAAAUAUGGAAGUAAGCACACUUCCUGUCGACUUAAAGAAGAAUAGCUCUUUUAAGUAAUACAGGAUCAUUUCUAUUUUAAAAAGGGCUAGGAAUGUUAUGCUAGUUAGUUUUUGUCCUCAAAAUCCAAGGAAAGUUUAAACAGCAGUCAGAUAGUUUUUACUCUUUGACCCUAUAAAGAUUGAGAAGGUUUUAGUAACAUUUAGUUCUUUCAUCUAAGGUGAUAUCUUUGUAUUUUAUUUAUGUGUGUUAGCUUGUGAUAUUCUGAGAUAAUCAGAUUAUUUCACUCUUUUUAACACACAUCUGGGUCCCUCUCGCGUCUCAAGUCCCAUUUUAACACAGGAUUCUUUUACAGACAAACAAAUCCCAACCUUUCAGAACCUCAAUCCUUCUUUGUCCCUUUUUUAAGUAGCUGAUAAUGACGCUUCUUUGAGAUUCAGAGUGCUAAAUCACAUCAUCUCUUUUCUGGUUAAUCUCCUCCUUGUUCCUUUCAGCUUGGCAUUGUCAGCCCGUGAUGUAUUCUCUGCAUUUAGAUAAAGCUAAAUGUUGCCAAUAAGUGAUUAGUCAGAAAUACUUGAGAUGAACCUUGUUAAGCCUAAUUUAGAGACAAAGGUUCACCUGCUCAUGUUUAAUUACAAUAACACAAAGAAAAAGCAACAUUGUUCUUUCAUUUCUCCUCCAGUCUAAUCAAAUCUUCACAUUGACUAUUUGAAGGAUUAAUGUCCAGAAUAACAGUUUUACCUUCAGGGAGAAAAAAAACAGAAUGUCCCGGAUCUUCAAAGAAAUACCUGAUCAACUUUCAGAGGCGUGUAAAAAAAAAAAAAAGAAAGAAUAAUAAUUUAUUUUAAGUUUUUAGGGGUGUGGGAGUUUCAUCACUUGUGCUAGCAGUCCCUAUUUUGGGAUUAAUUCUUGAUUCGCACUGAUUAUUACUUUUUUUCUGCAUAGAUUUGCUUAAAUAUUAACUUUGAACCAACUUGUGUCACUGGGAUAUUGUUACACACUAUAAUUUCUUCUAUUGUUAAUAUUUUGGAUAUUUGAGCUUCUAUUGGAAAAUUUGUUAGAAUGAGUCCUGUAUCUAAAUGUACUGAGAAGAAGAGGCCAUUAAUCUAAAAGUAACAUAAAAAUACAGAUUACAGUGUGGAAAUGUAUUCAGGGACAAAGAGCUUAAUUUUUGGAGACGUGCUGUUGUCACGGUGACCAUAUUUGGAGAAGAAAGCAUGAUGCUACCACCACCAAAAGGUGUUUUGGUGGUGGUAGCAUCAUGCUGAGUUUAUUUUGCCAGAGAACGGAGUAGUGCAUUUCACAAAGUCUCUUGAAACAUAAUCUAGGAAGUUAAAUCUUGGGCACAAAUUCAUCACCUAUUGAGACUUCAUUUCCAAACUUCGCAACGAAUUUGUCUAAAACGUGAGAAUUCUAGAUUUCUGAAGUAAAUAAAUGCGAGUGGUAGUCUGCAGAGUUUUGGGAAGAGUGAAACUAGAGUUCACUGAGGGCAAUUGAGGGCAAACAAAGGUGCAACGUGAGUCGCUGCAGCCAAAUAAACAGGCUCCCGUUUCUUACCCGUUCUGGAGUUAGAAAAGAAAAACAUCCCUAAUGGAAAGGUCAGUCCAUUUUUCUGAAUUUAAUUAAAUUCAGGUGUAUUUAUCUGGCAUCACUUGAUAUGGAAAAUCAGCAGUGAGCGAUAUUCCGGGAACAGAUUCAAGUCAGAAGCGGUUGUGUAAAUGCAGCCUCACUCAUUUCACACAAAUCAACUCUAAAUAUACGCCAAUUAUAUUCCAGCCGAACUUUUAACAGGCUUUUGUGUUUGUGAAGAAAGUCAGUAAAUUACAUUUGAUUUGCACAGGCAAGAUAAACCAAUAAAUACUGUAAAAAGUGUUUAUGGAACAACGCUUGACGAAAAAUGAAAAAAUAGUGAUGUGAAUUUAUAUCUAUAUGUUAUAUUUUAUUUGUAUUUUUUCCACUGAAGAGGAGAAAGUCAGAAGAAAUGUCUAUGAAGUACCUCUGAGACCUAACAAACCGGCACAGCUGAGGGAUUUAAAAGUGCUCAAUUAAAACAAUUAAAAAUCAGACAGAUAGAUGGUGACAUUUUUACUCUACAUUAUUAAACCUCCUGUUUCUCUCUUUCUUUCCCUGAGUUCACCCGUUUCCUGAAUAGAUUAUCAUUGUAGCGAAGCAGCUCUCUGUAUGUUUUCUGAUGUGACCAGUCGGUGACCAUACAGUAGAUUGGUCACCAACUACCCAUUCAACAUAUUUCCUAAAUUUCAGAAAAUGUUAACAUGUCAAAUCAUUUAACUAAAUAUGACUAAUGUCAGGCUUCCUGUUCAAAACGAAAUAUUUUUGGAAGAUGUUCUUCCUGUAGUGAAAGCUGGAAUCAUGUGUCUUAGUCAGAGAGAGUGGGUGUUUCAGCCAGAGGCCAAUAAUCAUCCAAACUACUGCCCAGCAGAGAGCCUCUGUUUCUGGUAAUUAGAUGGUGCCUCACAAUGACUGGUUUUAAACAUACUGCUGGGACAGAGCAUUGGUUUGACCGGUGUCAGCUAAUGACAGGUUUUUGCCUUCCGCUGAGACAGAUCCACAAAAAAAAGCUUUUGAGAAGUGUAAUAAAAAAAAUACUGUUAAUUUUUUAUAAUGCUAAGGAUGAAUUAUGUACAAUUAUCUACAAAUGCAGACAGGAGACUGGCUUAAGAUACACUGUUGGAUUUUCAUGUGUAUAUUUCUUGUGCAUGACUGUAAAUACUCAACACAAGGUGAACAUUUCAGGGUUUUGCAUCGCUUACUAAGUUAUUCCAAAGAGAAGAGACUUGUGUUCUUAUAAAGUAUAUAUAAAAAAUUAUUUACCUCUAUGUACGGAGCAUGGAGUUUCUAGUAAUCUAAGGAAAUGUCAAUUCUAGUCCUUUUCUGUCCCAAUAACAGUAAAGGUGACUUCAGAUUAUCAUCAAACAUGUUAAAGACCAAACGAGGGUUUUAGGUGUCAAAUAGGCAGGAUGUGUAACAUAUAUAUACUGUAUAUAUAUAUAAAUAUAUACACUGAAGAAAAAUUCCACUCAAAUAUUUUGUCCUAUAAAUGUUUUAUGUAUGAUGGUAAAUAUGUGCUUUGAAUUAUAUUUGCAACUUGGCCACAUUUGUGUUCUUGUACAAGAUGCAGCCAGAAUGACUGUAAAAAGGGUAAAUCAACAUAAAACAUUUAACUUGUUUUUUAUUUUUAUUUUUAUUAUUAUUAUUAUUAUUAUUAUUAUUAUUAUUAUUAUUAUUAUUGUGUUUUUUGUAACCAAACUGUAAAACAGCAAACAUCUGUUUAAGUCUUCAUACCUUCAAUAUGGGGGAGAAGAUUAAAAAAAUGCUAAGCUAACCGUUUGUUGAAUUUGGGUCAAAACCAAAACAGAUUCCCACCAGGUUAAACAGAACUAAGUUGAAACAUUGGUGAUGUGUUUAUUACUGAGAACUUAUGCUUUCUCUAGAUAACUCAUUGAAUUAAAACAACUCUUUUUUUUUUCAUAAUUUUUAAAUGGCAUUAAUUAAAAAAAAUUUUUAAAAAAUGGUCAAAUGCACCAAUUUUAGCCCUCUGGAAAGUGAUGGUAGCUUAUUUAAUAUUAAAAAAUGUAGCAUGUACAGCCAGCAGCAAAUUGCAAAAACCCAUAAAUACUUGAGACCCUCUCUAAAGACUCUUACAAAUAUCCAUUUUAAUAGUUCAAACACCAAAUAUACCUUAAUAUUCAUUAAUAUGCACUUUGGAAACUGUUAUGUCUGUACAACAGAAGCUAACAGCUACAGUUUUCCUUAGCUAUACUCCUGGAGCUCAGCCAAUCAGUGCCAAGGAAAAUGAAUGGCAUUUCUGGAUUGGCUGCUUUGUAAAAGCCGACUAGCAUUUCAACUACAGAUUUGGCUGGUUGAAUGUAACGGGCAGAUUAACCAGCCGUCUACAGAAGUUACCUAAUUAAGAUUGAGGCCAGAUUGACUGUUUUGACCUGUAUGUUCUGCUGAGAUUUGCUUUACAAAGUAGGUUUAAAAAAGAAAAUCACCAAACUGUUUACUAAAAAAAUGCAUCUUGGCCUAAAAUACAUUCAAAUGUCCUGAUAACCAUCAAGUGCAGGCGGCAUCGCGUUGCAGAGUGUGUGCAUGCCUCUGUGUGUUUUUUCUUCUUCUUUCUUUUGAAACAUUUUUUUUCCCUCCGCUAGCAGUGUGUGACGUUUUGCCAAACACAACCAAAAUAGUUUGGAGGAUCAGUUUUAGUCUCUAGGCUUAUUCAUAAUUACUCUACUCUUUCACUUUUAAACUGGCAGUCACUUUGCUUCUAUCACACAAAACUCAUCCAUCUUAAAUACUUCCAGGAUUUUAGUCACGUAAGCAAAAA